GCUUCCUCCAAGCAUGAAACAGCCCGUCCAGCUGCAGGAAGCUGCCCAGGAGCUGCAGUGAGUGUGUGGCAGUUCUGGGGUGCAAUGCUGCUCAGCUCGCCUGCUGGUGCGGCACGGCUUGUGUCCGACACCUACUUGGCCAAAUUCCUGGAAGGGCUUGGCAGCCUCCGCUCACAGAGAGCACUGUGCGACGUGACACUGGAGGCAGAAGGGGUUUGCUUUCCAGCCCACAAGAUCAUUUUAGCGUCAGCAAGUAACUACUGCAAGAUCCUGUUUGUUGGAAACUUGACAAAAGCAGGGAACCCAGACGGCAACGUCCAGCUGAAAGCCAUCAGUGCUACAGGGCUGAGGAAUGUCCUCAACUUCAUUUACUCCAACAAACUAGACCUCUCAUUACAGAAUAUUGAGGAGACCUUCAAAGCUGCAGAAACCCUCCUAGUUCGUGAGGUGAUCAAGCUGUGCUUUCGUUUUCUGGAGGAUUGCUUGAACUCGGAGAACUGCAUGGAUGUCCUUAAUAUUGCUAAAAAACUUGGCCCAGCAGAGUUGAGACAGAAAGCCGUGUACUGCAUAGGGCAGCAUUACAAGCAGAUACUGGCUGAUCCUCAGUGCUUGAAAGACCUGGACCGAGGAACCCUUUGUGAAAUUUUGGACAGGACUGACAUGGUGGGAUGCAGCGAGCUGGAGCUGUUCCAAGCAGCAGUGAGCUGGCUGCAGCAUGACUGCGCGCGGCUGAAAGAUGCAGCAGAUAUUUUAAGGCGCAUAAGAUUCCCUCUCAUUCCUCUAUGGGAUCUGCAGAGAUAUGUCCAGAAAGUGCCUCUUAUGAGGCUGGAUUCAGACUGCCACAGGUACCUGCAGGAAGCCUUGAGUUAUCACUCCCAGCUAUAUGCUCAGCCCAUCCUGCAGAGUCGGAGCACAAGCACCCGCUCCGGGUCUGUUGUACUGCUUGUGGCUGGUGGCAGAACAGCCAACAACAUUGUGUGCAGAGAGAUGUGGGCUACAGACCAGACCUGCAGCAUCUGGCACAAGGUUGGGGACCUCUGUGUGCCAGUGUACAACCACUGUGUUGCCAUCAUCAAUGAAUUCCUCUUUGUCAUUGGAGGACAGAGCAAAUUUGAUCCCACAGAAAUGCACCCUUCAAAUGAGGUUUUCCGAUUUGAUCCCCGCAACGCUUCCUGGCUCCAGGUUGCCAGCAUGCUGGAGAGGAGGACACGCUUCCACGCAGAUGUGCUGUCUGAUCACAUCUUUGCCGUGGGUGGUGGGACACUGCUGGGGACCCUCACCUGCUCUGUGGAGCUGUACCAGCCCGCUGACAACAAGUGGGAGUUUGCAGCUCCUUUCCCCACACCUGUUGCUGAUCAUGCAGGCACAACCCACAAGGGAAUCCUCUAUAUUUCAGGAGGCUUCUCUGGGGGUAAAACCUUACGAGACACUUACAGCUACCUCCCUCGCCUUCGCCGCUGGAUUGGUAACAGUGCCAUGGCUUUUACCCGCUGUGACCACGGGAUGGCGACAGCCGGGGACAGGAUCUUUUGCGUUGGAGGGAGGACACUAAAAGGAGUGGCGGAAUGGAUUCCUGUCACAGAGACAGAGUGUUAUUGUCCUGCAAGCAACCAGUGGACAACACUCAUGCUGUCACCCUUCAACUGCUGCCAGUUCAGCAUCACAGCCCAUGAGUCUAUGCUCUACCUGGCAGGAGGUGGGUCACUGCAGCACAUGCAGAAAGAAGACAGUGUUUUCCUCUAUGACACGGAGGGGCAGAUAUGGAGAAAAGCCAGUCCCCUGCCUAAAGCUCUGGUGGAUCACACCUCUUGCAUGAUCAAACUGUCCCAAGUGAACUUAGCUAGUGAGAUGGGAAAAGGCAUAAAGUGCUCCCCCAAGGGCAGCAGGAAGAAAUCUACCUGCAUCUUGUUCAUCACAAAGAAACAAGAGUCCUCCUCUGUCUCAGAAUAGAAGUAGGAUGUGAAUAAGUCAAGAUCUGACAGUGUUUGCUAUGACAUUAGUAUUGUAACAACUCUACUAUUAAAAGCAACUUGAGAGAUUCUAUGAGGAAGUCUUCAAAAGAGCUUUGCAU